AUUAAAACUCGUAUCCACCUUCCAAAGGAACUCUAUUUCGUGGAUUGACCUAUUUUUUUGUUAAAAAAAUUACAAAAAUGAAAUUUCGAAACAAAAAAGCUAAAAUAACUUAUCAAAUUGUGGAUUCAAUAUACAAUAACUGAAGUACCCCACCCCCCCCCCCCCCCCCCCCCCCCCGCAAAAAAAAAGAAAAGAAAAAAUAUACUGAUAAUUAGCUGGAAGACAUUUUUUGAGCGUCACCUGUACAAAGUGAAGUUCACAUGAGACAUGCCAAAAUCAAGCAGGAAAAAUAGUGAAAUACGUAUUUGAGAUCCUUAACUUCACAUUUCAUUUAGUCUUACACUCUCCACAAAUAUGUGCGAUAAAUGGCAAGAAGUGGUAAAAAGAAAAGAACAUUGGUGCUGUCUUUAAAUUCCUCCAAAGAAAAAAAGAAAACGAAGGUGGCAUUGGAUUGGAGGGUCCAUGGGAGGCUAAGUUGCAUGAAAUCUCUGCCUGUGGGCCCUCGUUUUAUUGACACACACUCCCUCUCCCACAAAGACACACACCUAGCUUAUAUAUAUAUAGUGAGAGGGGAGCAGUGAGAGCUCCAAAAACCAGAAAGCAAAAUCAGUAAUAAAGACGCAUCAUUAAUCCAUGUCUACUCCCAUAGAAAAUGGGUGGAAGCUGCUCAUCACCAUCAUCAUCUUGGUUUGACUAGAAUGAGAGGAAGAAGAUGUCCUCUAAUCAGCCUGAAUUCAUGGUGGACGCCCUCUACUGCCACGAGCAAGUAGAUAAUUACUAUAAUACCCCCUCUGGCUCUCCAUCUCUCCAACAACAUGAUGAUGACCAAGAGCUCACCUCUCUACUGCACAAAGAGCAGGAAUGGCAACUGCACCUUCAAGGCGCCGACCACCCUUCCACACUGGAGGCCGUUCACUGGAUGCUCAAGGUUGUCCACUACUACUCCUUCUCCGCUCUCACUGCGCUUCUUGCCGUUAACUAUCUCCAUAGAUUUCUCCAUACCUUCAAAUCUGAUGGGGAGAAGCCAUGGAUGACCCAAUUAGCUGCUGUUGCUUGCAUUUCCUUGGCUGCCAAAGUCGAGGAGACCCACGUUCCCCUGCUCUUGGACCUCCAAGUGGAGGACUCCAAUUAUGUUUUCGAGUCCAAAACGAUUCAGAGAAUGGAGAUUUUAGUCCUUUCCACUCUGGAAUGGAAGAUGAAUCCUGUGACCCCACUUUCGUUUCUAGAUUGCAUCGCCAAAAAGCUAGGAUUCUUCACCCACAUCUCUAGUGAGUUUCUUAGGAGAUGCCACUGCCUUCUUCUCUCUCUACUUUCUGACUGUAGAUUCAUGAGGUAUCCGGCGUCUGCAUUGGCCACCGCCACAAUGCUGUAUGUGAUCAGCGGCGUCGAGCCAACCAUCGGCGUCCAACAUCGCGAUCAACUCAUCGGAAUUCUCGGAAUCAGCAAGGAUAAGGUGGAGAGUUGCUGUAGGCUGAUAGAAGAAGUGAGCACCGGCACCGGCGCCGGCUUGUUCUACUCGUGUAACAAGAGGAAGCUCCCCGGCAGCCCCAAAGGGGUGGUGGACGUCUGCUUCAGCUCCGACGAUUCCUCCGCCGCCUCGUCGCCGGAGCACUUCGCCAAGAAAUUCAAGUCCAAAUAAUUAAUGCAAUUUUCCACUCUUGGUCUCGCUUUCUUUUUUAUUUAUUUAUUUAUCUUUCGUCCUAGACUAUAUUAUAUUCAUAUAUAGGCGAAUUUUAGAUAUAUAUGUUGAAUAACAUUUUGUACGGAAUCUGGCUACCAUGUUUGUAUUUCAAUCCAAUUGCCCACCUUCCUUCUACGACA